CAAAAGUGAUAUUUCAUGUCAGAUGUCAGCCAGAUGUUAUCAGUUUCAAUCUUUAUCGAUGGAUGUUAUCCUUUAUCCUACCUAAGUGGUAUUUUCUCUGCUAUUUUCGCCAGCCUCAAAAAAAGCUAGUCAAAUUCCUUGUGCCCAUACCGUUCAAGUGGGGCUGAAAAUUCGUUCCUCAAACAGUUGCUACCAGUUGUCACCAUUUUUGCUCCCGAGUUUAUUAACGAUCUAAAGAUUGAUUCGGUGUGGGGUUGGGCGUCACCGCCCUUACGAAUUCAGUUUACAUCGCAUUCGCGAACCCCCAUCCGAAUGGGCGAAUCCACAGGGGGCGACCGAUCUUCGUCGCCUCCCCGACUAACCCACACCUCGGACAAACAUCCGAAAAACACCCUUACCGAACUGAACCUGCUUCGUCGCCAUCGGGAGCUAUGCGAUGUGGUUCUCAAUGUGGGUGGACGAAAGAUUUUUGCCCACCGGGUGAUUUUGAGCGCCUGCAGUCCAUAUUUCCGCGCCAUGUUCACUGGAGAAUUGGCUGAAUCGCGACAGACUGAAGUUACCAUUAGAGACAUCGAUGAACUAGCCAUGGACUUACUGAUUGACUUUUGCUAUACAUCGCACAUUGUGGUGGAAGAGUCCAAUGUGCAAAUGCUGCUGCCCGCCGCCUGCCUUUUGCAGCUGACUGAAAUCCAAGACGUCUGCUGCGAGUUUCUAAAGACGCAAUUGGAUGCCACCAACUGUCUGGGCAUCAGAGCAUUUGCAGACACCCAUUCGUGCCGCGAGCUGUUGCGAGUAGCUGAUAAAUUCACGUAUCAUAAGUUCCCGGAAGUUAUGGAAACGGAGGAAUACAUGCUGCUGCCUGUGGCCCAACUAGUAGACAUAAUCGCCAGCGACGAAUUGAACGUGAGAACCGAGGAGCAAGUCUUCAAUGCGGUGAUGAAUUGGGUGAAAUUCAACGUGGCGGAUCGCCGGCAACAUCUUGCCUCGGUUCUGCAACAUGUCAGACUGCCGCUGUUGAGUCCGAAAUUUCUUGUUGGAACGGUGGGGUCCGAUCUACUGGUUAGAUCGGAUGAGACUUGCCGCGAUCUAGUGGACGAGGCCAAGAAUUAUCUGCUGCUGCCACAGGAAAGGCCAUUGAUGCAAGGCCCGCGGACCAGACCGAGAAAGCCGAGCCGGAGAGGCGAAAUUUUGUUUGCUGUAGGCGGUUGGUGCAGUGGCGACGCCAUUGCUUCAGUGGAGAAGUUCGAUCCCCAAACCAUGGAAUGGAAAAUGGUGGCGUCGAUGAGCAAAAGAAGAUGCGGCGUCGGAGUGGCUGUUUUGAACGACUUGCUCUAUGCUGUGGGCGGUCAUGACGGUCAAAGCUACUUGAACAGCAUAGAGCGAUACGAUCCGCAGACCGACCAAUGGGCAUGCGACGUUGCCCCGACCACGUCAUGCCGCACCAGCGUGGGAGUAGCGGUGCUAGAUAACUUGCUCUAUGCGGUGGGAGGUCAGGACGGAGUCCAAUGUCUCAACCACGUGGAAAGGUACGAUCCAAAGGACAACAAAUGGUGCAAAAUCGCUCCGAUGACUACAAGAAGGUUGGGAGUGGGCGUAGCAGUGCUGGGGGGCUAUCUGUAUGCAAUCGGAGGCUCCGACGGUCAAUCGCCUCUAAACACCGUGGAAAGAUACGACCCGCGCCACAACAAGUGGACGCUGGUUAGCCCCAUGUCCACACGAAGAAAACAUCUGGGAUGCGCAGUGUUCAACAACUUGAUCUAUGCAGUGGGAGGCAGGGAUGACUGCAUGGAAUUGAGCAGCGCGGAAAGAUACAAUCCGCAAACUAACACCUGGAGCCCCAUUGUGGCGAUGUCAUCGCGAAGAAGUGGCGUUGGCUUGACAGUGGUUAAUGGCCAGCUUUAUGCAGUGGGCGGCUUUGAUGGCACGGCCUAUUUGAAGACUAUCGAGUUCUACGACGCAGAGCAGAAUCAGUGGCGGCUGUGCGGCUCAAUGAACUACCGCCGCCUGGGCGGAGGAGUCGGUGUAAUGCGCUAUCCACAAACGGAGAAUCGGAUCUGGUAGUUUUUGUUUUUGUUGACGCCACAUUUCCUGUACUUUUAAGGUGAGGUUUGGGUUAAGUUUAUCCGCGAUUAAGCCCAAACAUCAACUAGACCAGCAGCUGAGUCGGUGCCAUUUAAAUUAAUCACUGAUUAAAGAUUUCAGGCAUUUCGGAGGACCGGCUGCACCCUGGUGGCGUCAAUUUGUGUACAUAAUAAUUUCGCGUAAUAAGAUAUGAUCCAAUCAUAUUAGGCAACAGUUAAUCUAGAGAGCUGGCUACUAGUUAAUGAGCGCUCCCCAUUUAAAAUGCGCUUUUGUAGGGAAAAUAGGGAUUUUCUAGAUAAGGACCUUACAUACGGUUGUACGCAGUGUUUUUGGCUGAAUUAGUGAUCCUAUUUCAAUUUUCUCCAAAGAGUAUGAAAACGUGUGUGUGUAUGUAUAUACGUAUACGGUUAGAGUCAAGUGUAUGCUUGCUUUAAUUUAGUCCCAAUUUUGAGAGCACCAAACUUCUUCUAACAAAAAUGUAUUUUGCUUGAGAUGAUGUUAUUUAUAUAUUUUUGUGUUAUGUGUGUUGUUUGCGUGGAUAAUUAUUAUAAAAAUUAUAAUUUUUUUUAGUGUGA